UGGUUGGGGCACUAUAUAUUUAUUUAUGUGGAGUUUCAUGUUCAUACUUGAAGAAGUCCUAACCAAUAUUGAAAGAGGCUUCCAAGUAUGGCUGAAAAAACCUUCAAAUUUCUAGUAUCCCUUUUUCUUCUCCUAGUGAUUCCGAUAAAAUUUGUCCAAUCAGAACCAACUGGGCAUCAUCCAUUCAAAUCCAUCCUGAACCUUGUGGAAAGCCAAAAAGGUCAAUCUGUUUCCAAGCUGCACCUUGUAAAGCAGUAUCUGAAGAAAUUUGGAUACUUGGAUUAUGAUCUUUCAAGUAACAAGAACCGGAACCAGGUUGACGAUGACGAGUUCGAUGACCUUUUGGAGUCUGCUAUCAGAACCUAUCAGCAAAACUUUCAUUUGGAAGUCACUGGAAGGCUAGACAAACGUACCGUGAAUCAAAUGAUGAAGCCUAGAUGUGGUGUGGCUGAUAUCUUCAAUAGCACAAAGCACCGCAAUAGCUCCAAGUCUUCUGAUGGGGUGGCCAAUGCUGACUAUUCGUUCUUCCCUGGAGCCCCCAGAUGGUCCAAAAAGCAUUUGAAGUACACGUUUGGCGCAACUGUCCAAGUCGCUGGUGCAGAGAGUAUAAGGUCUGUUUGCAAACAAUCCUUUCAAAAAUGGGCACAAGUUACUGACUUCACGUUCGAAGAAGUGCCUAAUUCUGCCGAUGCUGAUAUUAAAAUUGCCUUUUACCAACUAGACCACGGAGAUGAUGAGCCAUUUGAUGGCCCUGGAGGAAUCUUUGCCCAUGGUUUUAGACCAACUAUCGGGAUGCUACAUUUUGAUGCUGAUGAAACUUGGAGCAGCAAUCCUGGACGUCUAGAGCUAGACCUGGAAUCCGUCGCUGUGCAUGAAAUAGGUCACUUACUCGGACUUGGUCACAGCGGAGACCAUCCAGAUGCAAUCAUGUAUCCAUACUUUGAUUAUGGAAAGACAAAAAGGAAUCUGCAAGAGGAUGACAUCGACGGUAUCCGUGACCUCUAUGGACUUUGAUUAAAAGCCACAUAUAACUAAAAGAUUAUUAUACCUGUUAUUGUAUUAGCAAAUAAAGGAUUUGUACGUGGAUUUUAAAAUAUGUGAAGAAGUCACUUCCACAUAAUCUUAUCUCCUUGUAAUCAUAGAAUAAUUGCAAUUGAAGUUUUCCAGUCUGUAUGUUUCUUUCUAGAUAAAA